AAUUGAUAUUUUGGAAGAAGAGAAGGACAUUCUAAGAAAUAUUCAUCAUGAAUCCAAAGGACAUUACCAAAAUUUUGAGGUCACAGACUGAUUCAAUCUAUAAUAUGAGUCAUGCAAAGCAGAUACCUGAGCUGCCGCCAUUGCCUUCAGCAGCGGUCUCUGAUCCCUCCCAACUGUAUCAGAUGAUCCAGGAGAGCAGUCACUACCCCACGCUGAUGCAGCGAGCAUCUUGGAUGCUGGCAGUGCCCCUGAAGGAACAGUGUCAUUUCCGCACGCCCAGCAACUCCAUUGCCAACAACUACACCUUGACGGCGCGCGACCUGAAAAUGAAGGAUCUCCAGAGGUUGGCUUCACCUGUCCGAAUCCGAAAGGCUUCUGGGUCCACCAAACAGAAAGCCGAAUACCCACCUGCUAAAGAGUAUGCGCCAUCUGAAAAGAAGAUGAAAAUAUAUGUAAAAAACAUCGAGGGUGAAUAUGAAAGGGCUGAAACGGUCUCGCAGGUGUGCAGUCUCGAUUUGUUGAGGUUAGAAGUUCAAGUAAUGGAGGACGGAGUUCCCCGUUAUUCCGACAACCAGCCCCUGACCCCAGAGGAGCAGUUUGUUGUGAUGCGUCAUCGCGAGGAAGAGAUGAACAAAGGACGACAGGCCCCCACAGAGGAAGAUCUGAAGAGAUAUUGCUAUUACAUCCAUAAAGGCAUCCGGAAAGACAUGUUAGCACCGCAGGAUGAAAACGUGCUGAACAAUAUUUUGACUCGCAUCCCCAGUAAUUUCCUUGCCAGCCCAGAACUGGAAGCCUUAUUGAACAGUUUGAUGGGAGAAAUUCAAAGCGAUUACCAGAUUUGGCUCAUGAAAAACAUUGUUGAUUACAUCUUGAUGGAUCCAGAUGAGAAAAAAAGGCUGUUUAUAUGCAACAUCCCUCAACCUUUUCCUCAACGAGUCAUCCGGGCUCCGGUUCCUUGGCACAAAAUUUACCAAGACACCAAACUCUGGAACGAGACCCACCUCUUCACCGUGAAUCCUAUGAUGCUCACUUUACAGCAACUUUGGUUUUCCGAGUUUUCUGACCUGAGAUUGGUUCGUACCAAGGAGAUCCUGGAAGGGGAGCUGCCCCUCCUUCCGAGCGAAUUUGAAGAGCUGAUCCGAAGGCAGUGCCAGGAAGCUCACGAGAUCCUUCAGACCAGGUGGAUCCCCAGGUGCGCCGACCUCUUCAUUGAGCAGAAGGAGAAGUGGUUGCACCUUGCCCCGCAAAAUGACUUCGAUUCCUGCCAGCAAAUAGAGGAAUACUUUGCUUCAGUCGCCAUCCUGAUGUCCCUGCAAUUGCGAGAGAUGGUCAUCAAUUCCCUAGAGGACCUGCUCAAUUUUUUUAAGAUACACAAGGAUGGAAAUGAUUUUGGCGACGUUUAUCAAGACAUGCAGUUCUUUAUUCCUCAAAUAUUGGUCCUCAAACUGGACGUGGAAGAUCCGUCAAUUAUAUUUGAUCCCGACGUGCGGAGUUUGUGGGACUUGGUCUACCGCUGUUUCAUUGAGAUUCUCAAGCAUUCUGAAGGUCUCCCUAAGGUUCAGGUUAAACUUUUCCCAGAAUUAAAAGGAGAUGAUCUAACUAUUCGUACGGUCAAUGAGGAUGAAGCAUUGGUGGCGGAUUAUGUACAAAAAACUGCAGAGAUAUUUGACCUCAAUCUAAUCGGUCCACAGAAGUACUUGAAUGUGUACAGGAAAUACAACGAUCUCUUGAAUAACAAUGCCGACAAAGACGUGACUGAAUUUUUAAGCAAAAGACACGAGCUGGAAGAUUUUGUGGAGAAAAUUGACGGCUUGACGAAAUUGAAGAAAGAAAUUGCUUCCUUGCACGUCACCGUUCCCUUGGCGCUCUUCUGCCUGGACGCCCUGAAGCUGAAUGAAGAACUUUGUAAUCGGACCCAAAGGCUGAAGGACAGAUUGAUUGAGUUUGAAGUUGAGGAAAACAGGAACCUUAACAAGAGCAUUUGCAACCAGUACAAUAUCAUUGCCGACAAAGUCAGCGAAGUUCCUUUGACCACCGAGCAGCUGGUGGAACUCACAGCCUACCUGAAAAAAUCCAGCGAGGUCACCGUGUUCAAGCUGCGCCGCGAAAUCAGAGAAGCCAUUUACCGGCUUGAGUUCCUAAUGGAUUACGCUGACCUUCCCAGUGAAGAUAUCAGAUUAAAUAGUACAGUUCUUCAUUGGCCGGAUGGGAUCGAGGACAUCUUUGAUACCAGUCGGAAUCAACUCAUGAACAGGAGGGAACAAGUCGAGAUUGCCCUGAUUAAAAGAUGCUCUGAAUUUGAAGCUAUCCUUGAAGGUUAUAACAAGGAAGUGGAAAGUUUCCGGAAGAAGGACGUCAUGACUAUGGAAGAAAUGAAGAAUAACGUGGAAAAAUUCACUGAAUUAUCAAGGAAUUUGGACCAUGCUCUUCUGGAAUACGAGACGAUCAAUAAGGAAGAGGAGUUACUCGAACGAGAGAAAACUCAGUUUCCUCUGCUGCAAACCAUCAUUUCGCACAAAAUCCCGUUUGAGCAACUUUGGGUGACUGCUUACCACUUUCAUGUGAAGUCUGAGGAGUGGAUGAACGGGCCUGUCCUACAAUUGAACUCGGAAGAAAUCACCGAGGACGUCGCCAAUAUGUGGCGGACCAUGUACAAAUUGACCAAGACCUUUAUAGACCUCCCUGGCCCUAAGCGGAUGGCGGAGAAUGUGAAAUUUAAAAUCGACAAAUUCAAGCAACACCUGCCCGUCCUUUCAAUUGCCUGCAAUCAUGGGAUGAAAGACCGGCAUUGGGAACAGAUCAGCGAGAUUGUGGGCUAUGAGAUACGGCCAGAUGACACCACUUCAUUGAUGAAUAUGUUGGAAUAUGGGCUGUCGAAAUAUAUUGACAAAAUUGAGCCGAUUGGGGCAGCCGCUAGCAAAGAAUAUUCCUUAGAGAAAAACAUGGAGAAGAUGAAAACGGAAUGGGUCAACAUCCGCUUCACUUUUGUGAAAUACAGGGAUACGGAUACUAGCAUCCUUUCAGCCAUUGAUGACAUUCAACUCUUGCUGGAUGACCACAUCAUCAAGACGCAGACCAUGUGCGGCUCUCCGUUUAUCAAGCCAAUCGAAGCGGAAUGUCGGAGAUGGGAAGAAAAACUUCUCAUGAUGCAGGAAAUUUUGGACAACUGGUUAAAAUGUCAGGCAACCUGGCUAUACUUGGAACCCAUCUUCAGCUCCGAGGACAUUAUUGCUCAAAUGCCCGAAGAAGGUCGAAAAUUUGGAAUAGUAGAUGCUUACUGGAAGGACAUCAUGGCCCAAGCGGUUAAAGACACCAGAGUCCUCAUUGCUACGGAACAGCCCAAGAUGUUGAGCCGACUUCAAGAAGCAAAUCUGUUUUUGGAAGACAUCCAGAGGGGCCUGAAUAAUUACUUAGAAAAGAAGAGAUUAUUUUUCCCAAGGUUCUUCUUCCUUUCAAAUGAUGAGCUGCUGGAGAUUUUAUCGGAAACCAAAGAUCCUCUCCGUGUUCAGCCACACUUGAAGAAGUGCUUCGAAGGGAUUGCAAAACUGGAAUUCACCGAAGCCUUGGAAAUCACAGGAAUGAUCAGUUCAGAGAAGGAAGUUGUUCCUUUUAUUAAGAAAAUCUUUCCAGUCCACGCCAGGGGCAUGGUUGAGAAGUGGCUGUUGCAAGUGGAAGAAAUGAUGUUGGCUAGCAUUAGGCAAGUCAUGGAAAAUGGCAUCAAAGGGUACGAUGAGGUUCCUCGAAAAGCAUGGGUGCUGCAGUGGCCAGGACAAGUUGUCAUUUGUGUAUCUUCAAUCUUCUGGACCAAAGAAGUAUCGGAAGCCAUACAGGAAAACUCUUUACCUGCAUUUUUGGAGAAAAGCAACCGGCAGAUUGGGGACAUUGUGGAGCUGGUGAGAGGAAAGCUGUCGAGUGGAGCUCGGUUGACCCUGGGUGCCCUCACGGUCAUUGAUGUGCAUGCACGUGACGUGGUGGCAAAAUUGUCUGAAGACCGAGUUUCAGAUCUGAAUGAUUUCCAGUGGAUUUCUCAGCUGCGAUACUACUGGGAAAACAGAGACGUCAUGGUUCGAAUGAUCACAACCGAAGCCAAGUAUGGAUAUGAAUAUCUGGGUAACUCGUUGCGUUUGGUGAUAACUCCACUGACCGACCGAUGCUACAGGACCUUAAUGGGAGCUUUGAAAUUAAAUCUAGGAGGAGCUCCUGAAGGACCGGCUGGUACUGGAAAAACAGAAACUACUAAGGAUCUUGCCAAAGCUUUGGCUAAGCAGUGUGUCGUCUUCAAUUGCUCAGACGGUCUUGAUUACAAAGCGAUGGGCAAAUUCUUUAAAGGACUGGCACAGGCUGGAGCUUGGGCCUGCUUUGAUGAGUUCAACAGAAUUGAGGUUGAAGUGCUCUCUGUGGUAGCACAGCAGAUCCUCAGUAUUCAACAGGCUAUUAUUCGCAAGCUCCGGACUUUUCUCUUCGAAGGCACGGAAAUUUCUCUUAAUCCAACUUGUGCAGUAUUCAUCACCAUGAAUCCUGGGUAUGCGGGCCGAGCUGAACUUCCAGAUAACCUCAAGGCUUUAUUCCGAACAGUAGCCAUGAUGGUCCCAGAUUAUGCUUUGAUUGGUGAAAUUUCACUUUAUUCGAUGGGAUUUCUCGAUUCCAGAAGCCUUGCACAGAAAAUUGUUGCCACUUACCGCCUUUGCUCUGAACAGCUGUCCUCACAGCAUCAUUAUGACUAUGGGAUGCGAGCAGUCAAAUCUGUCCUGACAGCAGCAGGGAAUUUGAAACUAAAAUAUCCUAUAGAAAAUGAAAGCGUUUUGUUGCUCAGAGCUCUGUUGGAUGUUAACUUAGCUAAAUUUUUGGCCCAAGAUGUUCCUUUGUUUCAGGGAAUCAUAUCUGAUUUGUUUCCUGGAAUUGUCCUUCCGCAACCCGAUUAUGUCCUCUUCAUCCAGGCAUUGAAUCACAAUAUUGAGAAAAUGAAUCUUCAACCAGUUCCCUGGUUUAUUGGGAAAAUUAUUCAGAUUUAUGAGAUGAUGAUGGUGCGUCACGGCUUCAUGAUCGUGGGCGAACCAAUGGGUGGCAAAACCUUUGCGUAUAAAGUGCUUGCUGCCGCUCUUGGGGAUUUGAGCCAAGAACCAUCAAUGGAAGAGGUUGCUGUGGAAUACAAAAUUAUCAACCCGAAAGCGAUCACCAUGGGGCAACUGUAUGGCUGUUUUGAUCCCGUUAGCCACGAAUGGACAGACGGCGUUCUUGCAAACACUUUCAGAGAACAGGCCUCUUCCACCAACGAGGACAGAAAGUGGAUUGUUUUUGACGGGCCGGUCGAUGCUGUUUGGAUUGAAAACAUGAACACUGUUUUAGAUGAUAACAAGAAGUUGUGCUUGAUGAGCGGAGAGAUCAUUCAGAUGAGCGCACAAAUGAGCCUUAUCUUUGAGCCCGAAGAUCUUGAACAAGCUUCUCCAGCAACGGUUAGCAGGUGUGGCAUGAUUUAUAUGGAGCCUCAUCAGCUGGGCUGGAAACCUUUGAAAGAUUCUUAUCUGAACAAGCUGCCUUCAAAUCUACACGACGUGCACAUAGAAUUGGUUGAGGACCUUUUUAUGUGGCUCGUUCAGCCAUCGUUGGAAUUUAUUCGCCACCAUUGCAAAGUCUUGGUUCAGACCUCUCCCAUCCAUCUGACCCACACCAUGAUCAUGUUGUUUGAUUCUUUGCUGGAUGAAAUCAGGAAUUCCAACGAGGAGGAACCAGGAGAGGCCAUGUCCAGCCAGCAGAUAACCUUGUGGCUCCAAGGCCUCUUCCUCUUCUCUCUGGUGUGGACCAUCGGGAGUACGGUGAAUGCCGAAGGACGGAAGAAAUUUGACCAUUUUUACCGGAACCUCUUGAUGGGAAUGGAUGACGAGAACCCUCGUCCCAAAAGCGUGAAGCUAACCAAAACCAAUCUCUUUCCAGAAAGAGGGUCUGUGUAUGACUUUUAUUUUCAUAAACAAGCCAGUGGACAGUGGAACAUGUGGACAGAGUAUAUCACGAAGGAGGAGCAAGCAAUUUCUGCCAGCACAAAGGUCUCCGAACUGAUCAUCCCCACCACAGAAACUGCCCGGCAGUCCUUUUUCCUCAAAACCUACGUGGAGCAUGAGGUCCCCCUGCUGUUUGUGGGACCCACCGGGACCGGGAAAUCGGCCAUCACGAACAGCUUCCUGAUCCAGCUUCCCAAGGCCAAAUAUGUACCAAACGUCAUCAAUUUCUCUGCCAGGACCUCUGCCAAUCAAACUCAGGAUAUUAUCAUGUCAAAGCUGGACCGAAGACGGAAGGGACUGUUUGGUCCCACCUUAGGGAAAAAAGCUAUCGUCUUUGUAGAUGACUUAAACAUGCCAGCCAAGGAAAUAUAUGGGGCUCAACCCCCAAUUGAACUCCUUCGGCAAUGGAUGAACCACGGCCACUGGUAUGAUAAGAAAGAUACCACAAGGUUGGACAUUGUAGACGUCCUCUUCCUUUCGGCCAUGGGCCCUCCCGGUGGUGGAAGAAAUGAUAUUACAGGGCGCUUCGUGCGACAUCUCAACAUCAUCUCUAUCAGCUCUUUCGAUGAUGAAGUUUUAACCAAGAUUUUCACUUCCAUCGUAGACUGGCAUUUCGGCAAGGGCUUUGAGGCCACAUUUUUAAGGCUUGGCAAAAUGCUGGUUCACGCGACCAUGAAUAUCUACAAGAUGGCCAUGGAGAACUUCCUCCCCACCCCUUCGAAGUCUCACUACGUCUUUAAUCUACGUGAUUUCUCCCGUGUGAUUCGAGGGGUGUUGCUAUGCCCGCAUACACAUUUACAGGAUGCAGAAAAACUGAUCAGGCUUUGGAUUCAUGAAGUUUAUCGAGUCUUUUAUGACCGCUUGAUUGAUGCCAACGACAGAGAAGUGUUUUUUAAUAUGAUGAAAGAAACGACCUCCGACUGUUUUAAGCAGAGUGUCGAUAAGGUACUAAGCCAUCUGUCAAAAUCUGGCAAAAUCACAGAUAACAACAUUCGGAGUCUCUUCUUUGGAGACUAUUUUAAGCCGUCCAGUGACAAGAAGAUAUACGACGAGAUCACGGAUUUGCACAAGCUGACGUCGGUCAUGGAGUACUACCUGGAGGAAUUCAACAACAUCAGCAAGGCUCCCAUGCCUUUGGUGAUGUUUAAGUUUGCCAUCGAGCACAUUUCCCGCAUCUGCCGCGUCCUGAAGCAAGACAAUGGCCAUCUGCUGCUGGUGGGCAUCGGCGGGAGCGGCCGUCAGAGUGCCACCAAGCUGGGCACCUUCAUGAACUCUUAUGAGCUCUUCAUGAUUGAGAUCACCAAGUUCUACACCAUGAACGAAUGGAGAGAGGACGUUAAGAAGGUCAUGUUGCAAUCGGGCGUGGCCAACAAGAGCACGGUCUUCUUGUUCUGCGACAACCAGAUCAAAGACGAGUCUUUUGUGGAGGACAUCAACAUGCUUCUGAACACGGGGGAUGUGCCUAACAUUUUUGCAGCGGACGAGAAGGCGGACAUUGUGGAGAAAAUGCAGAGCGCAGCGAGGACGGAAGGGAGGAGAAUCGAAGCCACCCCUUUGGCCAUGUAUAACUUUUUCAUUGAGCGGGUGAAGAAAAAUCUACACAUUGUUCUAGCAAUGAGCCCCAUUGGAGAUGCAUUCCGGAAUCGUUUACGGAUGUUCCCAUCACUGAUCAAUUGUUGCACUAUCGAUUGGUUCCAGAGAUGGCCCACAGAUGCUCUGGAAAUGGUUGCCAACAAAUUCUUAGAGGAUGUGAAGCUGGAAGACGAAAUAAGAAAAUCGGUUGUAUUCAUGUGCAAGUAUUUUCAAGAAAGCGUGCGGGAACUCUCGGUCAGUUAUUACAACAUUCUUCGAAGACACAAUUAUGUCACCCCCACAUCCUACUUGGAGUUAAUUCUGACUUUCAAAACCCUGCUCAACAACAAAAGGCAUGAAGUGGACAUGAUGAGAAACCGCUACCUUGUAGGCCUCCAAAAACUCGACUUUGCAGCUUCACAAGUUGCGGUCAUGCAAGUAGAGUUGACGGCCCUUCAGCCUCAGCUGAUUGAAACCUCCGCAGAGACAGAGAAGAUGAUGCUUCACAUUGAGAAAGAAACGGCCGAGGUCGAUGCCAAGAAGGAGCUGGUGGCCGCAGACGAGAAGGAGGCCAACGAAGCCGCCGCCGUGGCACAGGGGAUAAAGGAAGAAUGUGAGGGGGAUCUGGCAGAAGCCAUGCCAGCUCUUGAGGCUGCCCUUUCGGCUCUGGACACCUUGAACCCUGCGGAUAUUUCUCUCGUCAAAUCCAUGCAGAAUCCCCCGGGACCCGUCAAACUCGUCAUGGAGAGCAUUUGUGUCAUGAAAGGCAUAAAACCUGAAAGGAAACCAGACCCAUCUGGAUCUGGUAAAAUGAUAGAAGAUUACUGGGGAAGUUCCAAAAAGGUCCUGGGCGAUCUGAAAUUCCUUGAGGGCUUGAAGUCGUAUGACAAAGAUAACAUUCCUGCCGUAGUAAUGAAGAGAAUCCGAGAGAGGUUUAUCAACCACCCCGAUUUCCAGCCCGCCGUCAUCAAAAACGUCUCUUCGGCCUGCGAAGGCUUAUGUAAGUGGGUGAGAGCCAUGGAGGUCUAUGAUCGUGUCGCCAAGGUCGUUGCCCCCAAGCGUGAACGCCUGCGAGAGGCGGAGGGCUUGCUCGACAUCCAGAUGCAGAAACUCAACACGAAGCGCGCGGAGCUCAAGACCCUGAUGGACCGUCUCCAGGCUCUGAAUGACGAGUUUGAAGAGAUGAAUAACCGGAAGAAAGAGCUGGAGGACAACAUUGAGAUUUGUUCCCAGAAGCUCAUACGAGCCGAGAAACUGAUCAGUGGAUUAGGAGGCGAGAAGGAGAGGUGGACGGAAGCCGCCCGCCUGCUGGGAAUCCGCUACACCGAUCUGACCGGAGACGUCUUGCUGUCUUCGGGGACAGUGGCUUAUCUGGGGGCCUUCACCGUGGACUACCGCCUGGAAUGCCAGCAGAAGUGGCUGGCCUUAUGCAAGGAGAAGAAUAUUCCUGGCUCAAAUGAUUUCAGCCUGAGUAACACGUUAGGAGAUCCGGUCAAGAUCCGCGCCUGGCAGAUUGCAGGGCUGCCCAUCGAUUCCUUCUCGAUCGACAACGGUAUCAUCGUGUCCAACUCACGACGAUGGGCUCUCAUGAUCGAUCCUCAAGGGCAAGCCAACAAGUGGGUCAAGAACAUGGAAAAGGGCAACAAACUCUCGGUCAUCAAAUUAUCUGACACCAAUUAUGUCAGGUCCUUGGAGAACGCCAUCCAGUUUGGAACGCCGGUCCUCCUUGAAAAUAUUGGCGAGGAACUGGAUGCUUUCCUGGAGCCUGUUCUGCUAAAGACGACCUUCAAGCAGCAGGGAGUCGAGUAUAUGAGACUGGGGGAAAACAUCAUCGAGUUCUCCAGAGAUUUCAGGUUUUACAUCACCACCCGUCUGAGGAACCCACAUUACCUCCCAGAAGUGGCGGUGAAGGUUUGCCUGCUCAAUUUCAUGAUUACGCCUCUGGGACUUCAGGACCAGCUUCUUGGGAUCGUGGCUGCCAAAGAAAAACCGGAACUGGAGGAAAAGAAGAACAAGCUGAUCGUCGAGAGUGCGGCGAACAAGAAGCAGCUGAAGGAAAUUGAAGAUAAGAUCCUGGAGGUCCUCUCCAAGUCGGAAGGAAACAUCUUAGAAGAUGAGACGGCCAUCAAAGUUCUCUCCUCUUCCAAGCAGCUGUCGGAAGAAAUCUCCGAGAAACAAGAAAUCGCCAGUAUGACUGAAACGGAGAUCGACGCUACGCGGAUGAGAUACAAACCCGUGGCGGUCCAUUCCGCGACCGUCUUCUUCUGCAUUUCCGAUCUGGCCCACAUUGAGCCAAUGUACCAGUACUCCUUGAUAUGGUUCAUUAACCUCUACGUCCAGUCGCUCGCCAACAGCCCCAAAAGCGAUGUUUUGGAGGAAAGAAUCGAAAACAUCAUCGACCACUUCACCGUCAGCAUCUACAAUAACGUUUGCCGGUCCUUGUUCGAAAAGGACAAGCUCCUUUUCUCCCUCCUCCUGUCCAUUGGGAUUUUGAAAGGGAAGAACGAAAUUGACGAUAAAGUUUGGCGUUUUUUGUUAACCGGAGGGGUGGCCCUGGAGAACCCCUACCCCAACCCCGCCUCCGAGUGGUUGAGUGAUAAAGCUUGGGCAGAGAUCGUCCGUGCUUCGGGCCUCGAAAACCUCUCUGGCUUGAUGGAUCACUUUGAGUCCCACGUCCAGGAGUGGAAAGCGAUCUACGAUUCGGCUAAGCCUCAAGAGGAAGUGUUCCCCAGUGGGUGGAAUAAGCUGACGGGCCUUGAUCGCAUGGUGGUGCUCCGGUGUUUGCGACCCGACAAAAUUAUCCCAGCCACCCAGCUAUUCAUCAUGGAGAAGAUGGGAAGGACCUUCAUUGAGCCCCCAACCUUCGAUCUCGUUGGAAGUUACAAUGACUCCAACUGCUGCGCUCCCUUGAUUUUCGUCCUGUCCCCGGGAGCGGAUCCCAUGGCCGGUUUGCUGAAGUUUGCUGAUGACCUUGGAAUGGAGAGCAUCCAGACCAUUUCUUUGGGACAAGGACAAGGCCCCAUCGCAGCCAAGAUGAUCAACCAGGCGAUCAACGAUGGAACCUGGGUUGUGUUGCAGAACUGCCACCUGGCCACCAGCUGGAUGCCCGCUUUGGAGAAAAUCUGCGAGGAAGUCAUCGUGCCUGAGAAUACCCAUGUCAAAUUCAGGUUGUGGCUGACCAGUUACCCGUCGGAAAAGUUCCCCGUCAGCAUCCUCCAAAACGGGAUCAAAAUGACCAAUGAGCCGCCCAAAGGCGUCCGCGCAAACCUCCUCCGCUCCUACCUCAAUGACCCGAUUUCCGAUCCCGUCUUCUUUAACAGCUGUGAAAAACAGGAAAUUUGGCACAAGUUGCUGUUUGGGCUCUGCUUCUUCCACGCCCUGGUGCAAGAACGGAGAAACUUUGGCCCUCUGGGUUGGAAUAUUCCCUAUGAAUUCAACGAAUCUGAUCUUAGAAUCAGCUUGAGGCAGAUUCAGAUGUUUCUGAACGAAUACGAAGAAACCCCAUUCGAAGCUCUAACUUACCUUACAGGGGAAUGUAAUUAUGGCGGAAGAGUGACAGAUGACAAGGACAGGCGCCUCCUCCUUUCACUUCUCUCCCUGGUCUACUGCAAAGAGAUUGAAACUCAGGAAUGCUAUCCACUUUCUCCAGGGGGUGAAUAUUAUAUACCCCCCUUUGGGACGUACCAGUCUUACAUAGAUUAUUUAAGAACGCUGCCAAUUUCAACCCAUCCUGAAAUAUUUGGCCUUCACGAGAACGCCGAUAUUACGAAGGAUAACCAAGAGACCAACCUGCUUUUUGAUGGGGUCUUGUUGACUCUGCCUCGAGAGGCUGGAGGAGGAGGGAAAUCUCCACAGGAGACGGUUGAAGAAUUGGCUCAGGAUGUCCUUUCCAAGCUACCCGAUGAUUUUGACCUCGAACAUGUGAUGAAAUUGUACCCAGUGCUGUAUGAAGAAUCCAUGAACACGGUUCUCAGGCAGGAGCUGAUCAGGUUUAACAGGCUUACUGAGGUGGUCCGGAGCAGUUUGAUAAGCCUGGGCAAAGCCAUCAAAGGCCUGGUGUUGAUGUCUUCGGAACUGGAGGAAGUUUUCAACAGCAUGAUCGUGGGCAAAGUACCAGCUAUGUGGGCAGCCAAAUCCUACCCGUCCCUCAAACCCCUGGGGAGUUACGUGACCGACUUAGUGACACGUUUGGUCUUUUUUCAGGAAUGGAUCAAACACGGACCUCCGAAUGUAUUUUGGAUCUCUGGUUUCUAUUUUACUCAGUCUUUCCUGACGGGCGUCUCUCAGAAUUACGCCAGAAAGUAUACCAUCCCAAUAGAUCAUAUCGGAUUUGAAUUUGAGGUGAUGGGGAAGGAGCACUCCAUGGAGCAGACGCCCGAAGACGGCGCCUAUGUCAAAGGCCUCUUUCUGGAAGGAGCCCGAUGGGACAGGGUAGAGAUGCAGAUCGGCGAAUCCUUCCCCAAAAUCCUUUACGACGCCUUGCCCAUCAUUUGGCUGAAGCCCGGAGAGAGCAGCAAAUUUUUGCAUGAGCGGAUCUACUUGUGCCCCGUCUACAAAACCAGCGCCAGGAGAGGCAUCCUGUCCACCACCGGCCACUCCACCAACUACGUCCUCUCCAUCGAACUCCCUUCGGACCUUCCCCAGAAGCACUGGAUCAACCGGGGGGUGGCAGCCCUUUGCCAGUUAGACGACUGAACUGUACGCGCAAAGCGCAGGUUAUGUUAU